UAAACGUUGAAUUCGUAUAAAUUCCGACUGCGUCGAUUGUUGUAUUUUUGGAAAGGAGAUGUCGUCUGUCAAGGUUGCAGUCAGAGUGCGUCCAUUCAACAAACGCGAGACUACGAAAGGCUCUGCUUGUGUUAUCUCAAUGCGUGGAGAGACGACAACUAUUUGCAACCCUAAGCGACCGUCUGACACCAGAAGUUUCAACUACGACUACUCCUAUUGGUCACACAAUGAAGGAGAUGACCACUUUGCCUCACAGACGAAAGUGUAUGAUGAUAUUGGGAAGGAAAUGUUGGAACAUGCUUUUGAAGGAUACAAUGUGUGUAUAUUUGCUUAUGGGCAGACUGGGGCAGGCAAGUCGUACACCAUGAUGGGUUUGCCAUUUGAGAAGACACAACAGGGAAUCAUUCCUUUGACGUGCGAAGAAAUGUUUGGAAAAAUCACUGCCGAGACUGAUCCCGAGUUGACUCAUUCUGUAGAGGUGAGUUAUAUGGAGAUCUACUGUGAACGAGUAAGAGAUCUCUUAAGUCCGAGAUCAAAAGGCAAUUUGCGUGUCCGAGAGCAUCCCGUCCUUGGACCGUACGUCGAAGAUUUGUCCAAGCUUGCUGUCACAUCGUUCGCUGACAUCGACUACUUGAUGGAUGAGGGCAACAAAUCAAGGACUGUGGCUGCUACGAACAUGAAUGAAACUAGCAGCAGAUCUCAUGCUGUGUUUACAAUCGUGUUUACACAGAAGAGGUAUGACACUGAGACCGGACUGAGUUGUGAGAAGGUCAGCAAGAUCAGUCUUGUAGAUCUUGCUGGUAGUGAGAGAGUCAGUGCGACCGGCGCUCGAGGAGACAGACUAAAGGAGGGAGCAAACAUCAACAAAUCGUUGACAACGUUGGGUAAAGUGAUAUCCGCAUUGGCUGAGAUGGUAACGGCAGUACAGCAGUUAUGUAAUUGUGUGAGCAAAUUUGGCAUUCUUGUCAUCAUCUACAGUCAAGCGGAGAAAAAGAAGAACGAGUUUGUGCCGUAUCGAGAUUCGGUGCUGACUUGGCUCCUAAAAGAAAAUCUUGGCGGUAACUCAAAGACUGCCAUGAUUGCUGCCAUCAGUCCAGCAGACAUUAACUAUGAGGAGACGUUGAGCACUUUGAGAUAUGCUGACCGAGCGAAGCAAAUUAUGUGCAAAGCUGUAAUCAAUGAAGAUCCCAACGCAAAGCUGAUACGGGAAUUGAAGGCUGAGGUUGCAAAGUUGAAAGAGCUGAUUCUUGCAGAAGGUUUAGAGAGCAAGAUGGCUUCAUUCAUUCCAGGCUUGCUUGAUAAGCAGCAGCUUUCAGGCCCUUCACCUAUACCAUUAGACAUCUUGGAGAGAUUAAAAGAGUCUGAGAAGCUGAUGGCUGAGUUGAAUGAGACGUGGGAAGAGAAACUGAGAAAAACAGAGAAGAUCAGAAUGGAACGGGAAGCCAUGCUGCAUGAAAUGGGGUUAUCUCUUCGAGAAGACGAGUCAGGCAGUGCAGUUGGUGUUAUGUCUCCAAGAAAGACACCACAUUUAGUAAAUCUGAACGAAGAUCCGGCGAUGUCCGAAUGCCUUGUGUACUAUUUGAAAGAAGGAGUUACGAGAGUUGGUCGUCAUGACGCCGAGCUGACGCAGGAUAUUCAGUUGAGUGGUUUGAACAUUAUGGAUCAACACUGUGUAUUUGAGAAUACGGAAGGUGUGGUGUGUCUUACACCCAAACGAGGCUCAACGUACGUCAACGGCAAACUACUGUCCGAAUUCGUUGUGCUCCAAACGGGAUGUCGUAUUAUUAUGGGCAACAACCAUGUAUUUCGCUUUACUCAUCCUCAGCAAGUUAGAGAACACAGGGAAAAGGAUACAGCAGCUAUUUCCUCGAGUUCGUUGCACCUUUUGGGCGAUAACAGCGACGUGAUGUGCGAAGACUGGGCAUUUGCUCAAAUGGAGUUGCUGCGUGAGCAAGGCUUUGACGUACAGAAACACAUGGAAACAAAAGUUUCAGCCUUGGAAGUGCGAAUGAGGAAAGAAGUAGACGAGGCUCGUGAACAGUUUGAACAAGAGAAGAAGGAAUAUGAGAGUAAGAUUGAGGAGCUGCGAAAGAAAGUCGAGGAGCAGCCUGAUGAUGAUGACGAGGGCGAUCAUAACAGACACGUUGCAAAGCAAGUGUUGACAGAGAAGCAGCUUUUGUUGGUGAGGAAUGCUCUCAGGAAGUGGAGAAAUCACCAGUGCACGUCACUGAGGGACGACUUGUUGUCAAGUGCAGUGAUGUUGAAAGAAGCUAACGCAAUCAGCGUAGAGUUAAACAAACAGGUGAUGUUUCAGUUUGUGUUGUUGUCGAACACUCCGUAUACGCCUCUUCCACGAGAGUUAGUCGAUGGUGCUGACAUGGACACAGAUCAAGACUCGUUCACGUUGGCUAGUGUGGAACGUAGCGAUGUCUCUUUCGAUGUGGCUACUCGUCGUCGCACUAUUGUAGCAGUCGAAGUAACCGACGCUCAACACGGUGCAACACAUUACUGGUCGUUGGCCAAACUACGACAGAGGAUAUUUGAUAUGAGAGACAUUUAUGGACAGACUUUUGAAUUGGAGGGAAUGUCGCAGUCAUCACAAGGGGGUGCUGCUGGCUUUGAUCCAUUUUAUGAUCGACAUUCGAAAUUUCAAUUAGUUGGAAGGUCUUUUGUUUUUCUGAGCAAUCUAUUGCAUGGUGUGUCACUUAUUCACUGGACAGCCAUCGUGAAUGAGAAAGGAGAAGUAAAAGGCUACCUAAGGGUCGCCAUUGAACCCAUCUCAGACCAUGAAAUUUCUGAUCUUGAAGAACUGUCGCUUGAAUCUGAUACUGUUGAUGGUCCAUCUGCAGCAGUUUCAAUGGAUUCUAGUGAAAUAUCAUCGUCUGACUCCAGUGACCUUCCUGAUCUAGUGCAAGGAAUUCAGUCUUUUGUUCAUAAUAGGAAUUCAUCAGAGAGAUCAUCAGCAAGAUCGAGCAUUGAUGGUUUAGGGGAUAAACUUUCAGUAGGAACGCAGUUGCUGUUUCGUGUAUUUAUUCUGGAGGCAUCGGGUCUUCCUAUAGAAUGUGAUGAUGUAUUCUGCCAAUUUAAGUUUAUGAGUAGUGGCUCUGAAGUAUACUGUACGGACUCUCAGAAACGGAGGGGACACAAUCAGUCAAUCAGUUUCUUUCAUUUACGAAAUUUUACAUUGACUACCACACAAGCUUCUCUAAACUACUUACAGUCAUUGCCUAUCGUCUUUGAAGUCUUAGCUCAUUAUAGUCAACACCCAUUACUAGAUAAUAACAGCCAAAGUGACCCCAGUUCUACUCAAUCAGCGGGUGUUUCAAGCCAGACUCUGCCAGUAACUUCUUCUAAUUUACCUGUCACCGUUCGUCCUUCAUCGGGGCGCAGUCCUGUGUAUUGUCAUUUUGAUCUGUUGGUUUGGUAUGAAAUCUGUGAGCUGGCUCCAUCCGGAGAGUACAUUCCAGCUAAUGUACAUCAUUCAGCUAAGAAUCUUCCUUGUGGUGGAGUGUUUCUACUGCAACAGGGAAUUCAACGUCGUCUUGCGGUGACUCUCAUUACUGAAAGCAGCGAUGACCUGAAAUGGAAGAGAGUCCAUGAAAUUGUUAUAGGUCGCAUUCGAAACACUCUUGACUCUACUGGUAGUGCAGAAGCCAAGUCAACCGUUCUCUCUCUUAAUAUUCUUAGUCAGAAGUUGAGAAAAGAUCCAUGCGAUGCACGGACCAUGUUCAGAUUUGAGGGUGCGUGGGACAGUUCACUUCACAACUCUGUUUUAGUGAAUAGGGUCACACCAUCUAAUGAGUACGUCUUUGCUACUGUCUCGGUCUACGUGGAGGCUGAACGGCUAACUCACCCAAUAUGCAUAUCUAGAGACAUUUGCUUGGCAGUACGAGGAAGGGACUCUAAACGGCCGUCUGCUCCAUGGUCAUUCAAAGAUCUUUUUGGUGGUGGCUAUCAGAAAACAAUGGACUGCAAUCGCGUUGCUUCUCCAUGUGACCUCACUCUUAAGAGAGCUCGGGAGACUGGCAGUCCUAACCCUCGACAGAUGCCACAGGUGCCUGACACAUCGUCUGUCUAUGUUAGAGGGGAGGAGAAUUUACGAGGUUGGCGGCCUAGGGGAACUUCUCUGCUGCUGGACCAUGAAGUGGAACUGGAUCGUAUCUACCGGAUUCAUGAGGUUGAACGAGCUCGACACAUUCUUCAGUUGCAAGACAAGCUUGCAAACUCAGCCAAAGAAUUAAUACCGACAACUCCAGAAGAAAGUGAACUGUGUCAACGUAGUUCGAGCAUGUCAAACCUCCUUGUAUUGGGUGAUCACCAAAAUAGCAUAAAGUGUGCACACUCAGCAAGUGACAUUCUAGAUAUUCCAUCAAAGGAAGAAGAUGUAGCUGCCGACAUGGAACAAGGCAGAGAGAUGGGUGAAGGUCACAGUGCUAGUAAUAGUUUCAGUAUGGAUGAUGACUCGGUGCAGCAAACUAUUGAGCAUCAACAUGAGCUGGCAAAGAAGGUUAUUGAACUUCUGCGCAAGCCUGAACGCAGAGCCAGGAGCGCGUCAGCAUUAUGUGAGUUGUCUGACUCAGCUUUACACUUGAACUCUCGUGUUCGUCCCAUUUGUGUUGGAGAGGUUCACGACAUCCAGCCAGGAAUGCAAGAUGAGAAGAAAGGUUGGUUGUCAUUUUUGGAACAACAUGAUUCUGGCUGGAGGAAGCGUUGGGUAGUGGUGAAAAGACCAUACAUGUUUGUAUAUAACAGCGACAGGGAUCCGGUUGAGAGAGCUGUUGUCAAUCUGGGAGAAGCAAAAAUCCAAUACAGUGAAGACCAACAACGUAUGAUGAGAACGAUGAAUACGUUUUCUGUGUGUACACGAAAUCGAGGAAUUUUGUUACAAGUUUCGAAGAACGAUUCUGUUAUCGAAUGGAUUUAUGCUAUGAAUCCUUUGCUGGCUGGUACCCUCAAGUCUCAAGAGGCGCAUUUACAGCAUCGAAAGUCAAUUACGUCAUAAGAACUUUGAUCUAAGACAAUCGGAGAUCAAAUACAUAGUUUUCAGUUUUUUUAUUAUCUGAAAUUAGUAUUUGAAACUGUGCAGAUUUAAUUGUUAUUGAUAUUAUUAUUAAUUACAGUUAUUAAAUGUA